CGGUCUCAUCAGCUCAUCGCUGCGUUGUUGGCGCUGUGGGUGCCUCUGUGCAAUUGCUCUUGUGGCCAGCAGCUGCUAUCGUCUCUCGACCUCGCCAAGCCAAUAGGCGGAUCCUGAUGAAGCUGGGUGGACUCGCCAGGCAGGGCGUGGCGUGUGCCGCAGGCUGGCCCCACGCCGCCGCCCGGCGGGCGCCCGCCACCGCCGCUCCUUGCCUGCGCCGGGCGCUGGCUGCGGCGCGGCAGCAGCAGCGCGGCCCGGCGGGCCGCCGUGCCAUGAGCGUGCGUGCAGAGGCCGUCAGCGGCAACGGCACAACGCCCAAGGAGUUUGAUUUCGACCUGUUUUGCAUCGGCGCCGGGAGCGGCGGCGUGCGCGCCUCGCGCGUGGCGGCGGGCACCUACGGCGCCAAGGUGGGCAUCUGCGAGAUGCCCUUCAACACCAUCGCCUCCGACUCCGCCGGCGGCGCGGGCGGCACCUGCGUGCUGCGCGGCUGCGUGCCCAAGAAGCUGUUUGUGUAUGCGGCAGAGUACCGGGAGUUCUUCUCCGACGCUCAGGGCUUUGGGUGGCAGCUGCCCGGCCAGCCCAGCCUGGACUGGCCCUCCUUCCUGGCCAAGAAGAAUGCGGAGCUGCAGCGCCUCAACGGCGUUUACAUGAACCUGCUUAACAACUCCGGUGUGGAGUACAUCGAGGGCCGCGGGCGGCUGGUGGACGCGCACACGGUGCAGGUUGGCGACCGCACCGUCACCGCGCGCAACAUCCUCAUCGCCACCGGCGCCCGCGCCUUUGUGCCGCCCUUUGAGGGCGCCGAGCUGUGCAUGAUCAGCGACAACGCGCUGGAGGUGGCAGAGGUGCCCAAGCGCAUCGUGAUUGUAGGUGGCGGCUACAUCGCGGUCGAGUUUGCGGGCAUCUUUGCGGGGCUGGGCAGCGAGGUGCACCUGGUGUACCGCCAGGACCGCCCGCUGCGGGGCUUCGACGACGAGGUGCGUACCUUUGCGGCGGAGCAGUACGCCCAGAACGGCCUGCACCUGCACCCGCUCACCGUCCCGCAGCAGCUGGUCAAGCUGCCCGACGGCCGGCUUAAGUUCACGGGGGCGCGGCGCACGGGGGCGCAGUCGUCGGAUGAGGAGACGUUUGAGCUGGAGGUGGAUCAUGUGCUGGCAGCCACAGGGCGGCGCCCCAAUGUGGGCAACCUGGGGCUGGAGGAGGUGGGGGUGCAGAUGACGAAGAGCGGCGCCAUCGCCGUGGACGACUACAGCCAGACAAACGUGCAGAGCAUCUGGGCCAUCGGCGACGUGACCGACCGCAUGGCGCUGACACCAGGCAUGCCCGCACUGCCUGCUGCCUUGGCGCUGAUGGAGGCGAUGGCGCUGACCCGCACCAUGUUUGGGGGGGAGCCCACCGCGCCCGACCACGCCAACAUCGCCACCGCCGUGUUCAGCCACCCGCAGAUCGGCACCGUGGGCAUGUCGGAGGAGCAGGCUCUCGCUGCGUACGGCAACAUCGAUGUGUACACCAGCAGCUUCCGCCCCAUGCGCAACACCAUCAGCGGCAACCCGGGGCGCACCUUCAUGAAGCUCAUCGUGGCGGCAGACAGCGAUGUGGUGGUGGGCUGCCACAUGGUUGGCCCCGACUCUGCUGAGAUUAUGCAGGGCAUGGGCGUGGCCGUGAAGAUGGGGCUGACCAAGCGCCAGCUGGACUCCACAGUGGGCAUCCACCCCUCGGCGGCGGAGGAGUUUGUGACGAUGCGGUCGCCCACCCGCCAGCUGCGCAAGGAACCAGCAACCGUGGCAGCUUGAGGGGUCACCUGCUUGAGGGGUUCUUUUUGGCGUUGAUUUUAUUUUGCACUACUUCCGACUUGCCGAGAGAGCUGUCCAUGUGUAAUGCUAUUUUGCG